AUGUCCGACAACACAGCUGGUCCUUCUGGCCCCGAGCCAAAGCUUCCAGGUAGGUACAAACGGAAGCUCACCGAAGCACGACGCGAGCAGAACCGUCGGUCGCAACGCGUGUGGCGAGAGAGGCAAAAGCAACGGCACGACAAUGUGGUCCAGGCUCAAGUCCAACAGGUACUGGAGAGGAGGGAGCGGGCGAGAGAGCGGGAGCCGGAGAAGCUCAGUGCGCAAUCCCAGACGACCGGCUUGAUGAGCUCAAUAUCUGCAAGGAGGGAAGAAUAUUCCUUUCCUGAACGCCUGCUUGAUGACAUUCUCACCCAGGAGGAGGGAAUCGCCGCUCAUGACGAGCAAACUGUCUUUCCUGAACCUGUCCUUCCUGUGAAAGUCGCCGUAUAUUAUUAUGUUCCUCCGGUGGCAGGAGCGGAAGAUUACCGACAUUCGUGGCCCGUCCCAGACGACGUCGAGUUCAAAACAUAUACACGUCCGCCGGGCGUUAUGGAUCGAAUAGCACCGUGUGGGAACUUGUUGUCGUCGUCGUCGUCGUCGCUCACACCAUCUGAGCACCUAUCGCCAGCGCCAGUUUAUUACCCGCGCUCCUUGGGAUCUCAGACCAGCUUCCCCGGCGCACGCUCACGGACAUCUCUGCCUUCACCGUAUAGGAACCAUCUCCAACUGGUGGGAGAGUCUUGUUUCGCCGCAACCAUGGCCAUUGCCCAGAGCCUGGGCGUAUCGAUGCAAGCGUAUAUCAAUGAUCAUCCGUCGCCUUUCUCAACCACCUCGAAUGCGGACGUGCACACGAUUCCUGUCGAUCUUCGGCCUACGGCGUAUCAGCUGAUCAUCCCCCAUCCAUCUUACCUGGACUGCAUCCCGUUUCCGCACUUCCGCAGUAUGGCCAUCUAUCUGUCGAGCGUGAAGAGACUCGACCACUGCAGCCUAUUCCUCGACCUGAUGCACGACGGGAUGAUCUGCUGGGGUCGAGAACGAGCAAGCGCCCAGUACGGCAGGAGCAUGCGCGAGGGCGUGGCCUGGAAUAAACGGAGCUGGGAAGUCAGACGGUGGUUCUGGCGGAAAUGGAGCUGGAUCGCCAGAAUGACCGUGGAAGACGUCGAUGCUGGAAUCGAUGUCGGUGCUCCAGCUGUGGCGGUGCUGCAGGGUGAAGCAGAAUUCGACGACGAGGACGGCAUGUUGAGCGGAAGCCAAUGGUGGUGGUCGCUACAUGACGAAGAAGCUGGGAACACGCCGGCACAGGAACCGGAGAAGGUGCAGGAGCAGGAAGAGCUGGGCAGUCUUCUAAGCCGUGUCGUUACCUGCAACGUCGGGGUUCGCAAGUCUGAAGAGUCACAUCUGUUGGUGCACUGGGAAUAA